AUGUCGAUGCUAAACGCCGACUCGUUGAAGGACCGGUUACUCUUCGCCAUACCUAAAAAAGGCCGAUUACACGAGAAGUGCCUCGAGCUGCUCGCAGGCGCCGACAUUCAGUUUAGGCGCCACAACCGUCUGGACGUCGCGCUCGUCAAGAAUCACCCCGACAUUGCCCUCGUGUUCCUACCCGCAUCAGAUAUUCCCUCCUUCGUCGGCAAGGGCAACGUCGACCUCGGCAUUACCGGCCAGGAUGUCAUCCGCGAAGCACGGAUGCAGGACUACGUCACAGAAGUGCAACCGCUCGGUUUUGGAAGGUGCAAGCUGCAGGUUCAGGUCCCCAUAGCACCCGCAGCGCCUGAAGAACCCAUCACUGCCGUAGAAAAGCUUGCUGGCAAGCGCAUCGUCACAUCUUUCGAAGUCCUCGCCGGCGAGUACUUCUCCGCUCUGGACGACAAACAGGGUACGAAGACUUCGAUUGAAUAUGUCGGCGGUAGCGUGGAGGCCGCAUGUAACCUCGGAUUGGCGGACGGUAUCGUUGAUCUUGUCGAGAGCGGAGAUACCAUGCGCGCUGCGGGCUUGACGGACAUUGCUACGCUCAUGAUAUCGGAGGCGACCUUGAUUAAGAGUGCCACGCCUAAGAACCCCAGCCACACUCCGAUAAUCGAAAAGAUCGCCGCCAGGAUAAAGGGUGUCAUCGCCGCUCGUGCAUACGUCGCUUGCGAGUACAACAUCCCGCGCUCGAAGCUUCCCCUUGCAAGCUCAGUGACGCCUGGCCGUCGCGCACCAACUAUCAGCCCUCUCGAGGCCUUAAACGGCGAGGAUUGGGUCGCCGUGAGCGUGAUGGUUCUCAAAGCAGAUGUGGCGAACGUCAUGGAUAGGCUUGUUGAGAUCGGCGCGGAGGACAUCUUGAUCUUCAACCUGGAUAACUGUCGCGUUUAG